CGCACUUACACUCUCGGCACGGAUCUGCUCUCCCGCUUCUCUCUCUUUCUCUCCCUUUCUUUGUCUCAUCCACUUUCAUUCACUCUCUCUCUCUCUCUCUCUCUCACACACACACACACACACACACACACACAUACUGUACACACACACACACACACAGACACACUUGCACCCACAUGUUCCGACUUAACCUACUCGCUCACACACAAUCACCUUCUCCUCUCUCUCUGCUUGCCUUUUUUCCCUACACUCAUCGCUCGCUCUCUCUCACACACACAAAUGCAGAUUGACUUAGGCUUGCUAGGACUGCUCUUCAGAGAAAAAAAACACAUUGUAGAAAUAGAAAGAGUAUGAAGAAGCAAGAAGAGGAAGAGAAUAGGGACUGAAAGAAUAGAAGAAGAAGGGAAAGAAGAAAAACAAGCUAAUGAGAAGGACUUGAUCCAAAUCCACAUCCUCAGAGGGCAACUUAGAUGCUGAAGCGAAGUCCCUCACACCUCAGCUCUGGGAUGAACAGUUUACAGACCCCCAGUCGUCCAUCACUGGGCAGCCGUGACCGGAUGGUGGGCCUUUGCUUGUCAAGCACCUGGGUGCGUUAUGAGGACUAAGAUAACAUCCUUCGGGAGCGGUGAUUCAAAAGGUGUUAGCCUGUGUGUGUGUGUGUACGUGUGCCUGCCCCACCUAUCGUGCUUGAGUGUGAGUGUGUCCACCUUUCCUGGCCUGACUGAGUGUAUUUUGUGUGUGAGAGAGAGAGAGAGAGAGAGAGAUAGCGCCAUGCUGUGGACUGUGCUGUUCGCCCUCCUGCUGCUGCUGAUCCUGCAGGCUCAACUGUGUGUGUGUCUGCGUGAGCUCCGUGCCUCCACCGCCUCUGCCCUGGCACUACCGCCACCUCCACCGCCAUCCUCCCAGGCCACCACCACCGCAACCAAUGGCACCGUCCAGCGCCUCCCGGGAGCCAUCAUCAUCGGCGUGCGCAAAGGGGGCACGCGCGCCCUGCUGGAGAUGCUUAACCUCCACCCAGAUGUGGAGGUGGCCAAGGCCGAGGUGCACUACUUCAACCUGGACGAGAACUACCAGCGGGGACUGGACUGGUACCGUGCUCAGAUGCCCUUUACCUUGCCGGGCCAGCUGACAGUGGAGAAGACCCCCGGCUACUUUGCGGCACCACUGGCGCCGGAGCGCGCCUGUCAGAUGAACCCGGCGGUGCGGCUGCUACUGAUCGUGCGCGACCCAGCCGAGCGGCUCGUCUCUGACUACACGCAGGUGCUGCACAACCGUCUGCAGCGCCACAAGCCCUACCAGCCCCUGGAGGAGCUGUUGCUCCUAGACGACGACAUCAAUGGCGGCGGCAACGACAGGCACACCAGGCGCAUCGACCCCGGCUACAAGGCCCUCCAACGGAGCCUCUACCAUGUCCACUUCCAGCGCUGGCUGGAGCACUUCCCACGCGAGCAGAUCCACGUGGUGGAUGGCGAGGCGCUGGUCCGAGAUCCGUACCCAGAACUGCGCAAGGCCGAGCUCUUCCUGGAGCUGCCACCGCGCAUCAGGCCGUCCAACUUCUACUUCAACGCCACCAAGGGCUUCUACUGCCUGGUCUCCGCCGGGCACGACAAGUGCCUGGACGAGUCCAAAGGGCGGCCGCAUGCGCCGCUCAGCCAGAGAGCGUUCCGUAAGCUAUGCCGCUUCCUGCGGGAGCACAACAAACGCUUCUUUGACCUGGUAGGUCGGACUUUUCGCUGGUGCUGAUAGUUCUAGCAAAGUCAAAUGGACCUAUAAGUGUAUUUACUGUAUGUACUAGAGAUGCAGCAACACCUGUCUCUGGAAAACAGUUUCUAAUACCACUUGUAAAUCAAUGGCCAGGGUCGGGCCAAGGUUAUUUGACCCAUGUCCAACUCAUCUUUGCCAGUUCAUGGCAGGUUGUGGCAAUUCAGAGAGGACCUGGGUCACAACCCAGGAAAGGAACAACAAUUAGCAAUACAAUAGCAAAACAACAGCAAGGUUGUUAGCAAACCAGGUGGAGCCAGUCACACUGAAACGGACCCUGGUUGGACAGGGGGCUUUUAAAAAGAAAAUCAACCAUGGUUGAACUCUGGUCGACACCUUGGUAGGAAACAUUCCUGACUACUGUGGUUUAUGUGUGGGUGAGGGAGUCCAUGUCCUGAUCACUGGAGAAUCUCGGAAAGUGUGCACAAUGGAAUAGAUGGGCCAACAAGGGGACCACCAAUGCAACUGCUGAAAAAUGACACAGCAUGUUUCAGUAAUCACUCUGAGAAGAGGACAGCAACAUAAUAGACAUGCAAUAUCUAUAAACAUUAGAGUAAACAUUUUGUUUACUUUAUCUACAGUCUUGUUAGUUUGUGUCUGAGUCUGUGGCGAGAAACAUAAGCGGUCAGUACUAUAACACAUCUAGGCCGAAGAGUAGCCUAAUAGCUCUAUUGACUACUACAACUGAUGUUGGGGACAGUACAAUCCAAUUUGAAACUCUAGACCAUCACUCACGUUGCAAUAGCAAUUAGUUCCAGCUCCCCAAGUGCCCAUAAUGUUUGGAACUCAUCAACUGAGAGCUGUACUAUUUUUGUCUGUAUGCUAUAUUAUAGGUUUAGUUCCAUGUGUAAAUAUCUCAGAACUGAUGAGCCUACAUGAUCGCACCUGAGGAAACAUGUCUCUCUUCAGAAAGGCUUUGGAGGAAUGUUCAUUUUCUAUUUAAUACCAUGACAUGUAGUUUAUAUAAAUUACAGGUGUUUGUUACUUUUGGUAUUUGGAUCUAUGUAUUUAAGUUGCCUAAUGUUUAAAGUAUGUGUGUCACUGUCACUGCAUUGCCACUGCGAUUUUUUCUUUUUACAUUUAUUUUUUCUGAAUACAACUGCUAUCUUAAAUUAUUUUUGCAAUUAAUUAUUUUGAAAUAUAUGAAUUGCAUUUCAGUGCACAGCAGUUUUAUUUAUUAUUAUUUCUAUUUCAGUGAAUAAAUGCAGAA